UCCCUGAGAACUUGAAUGCAUUAUUUGACAGUAUCUUAUUUUGAUCCUCCAGCCCCUGGUCAGCCCCCGCGCCCCCCCACCCUGGCAGAGUGUGAGCUCAUCAUCAAGUAUCUCCAGAACAAGGGUGACAGACAGUCACACGAGUUGCUGAGACUGAAGUCAGACCUGAGGGACGUCCUGUACUCGCACAAGUGGACCCCCGAUGCCUACCUCCUCGCUAAGGCCUAUGUGGCGGACGACAAGUCCAGUGAAGGGGAAGUGGAGAGUGUAGCCAAGUUGCCAAAAGUUCCCAUGAAAAAUCCAACUAAAAAAUUGCCCGAGGCAGCCUUUAGGGAAACAGAGAAGGUUUCUCUACCCGCCCUGAAAUCAACGUUAGGAAACAAAAAUGUGGAAAGAAGGAAACGGGUCCAAGCCGCUCAGAAGUCCAGGCUUCGCAAGGAGGUGCUACAGUGACAGCUCACCCCUGAUUGGUCCCAUGCUGUCAUGUGACCUUCUGAUUGACAUAUCAUGAAAAUAGACUAAAAUGCUGCAUGAUUUCAUAGUGGAGUAACCAUCGAAUUCUUAUAAAGAUCAUUUUCAUUGACCUUGUUAUUUUCAUUAUCAUCACACACACAUUGUUUUUACAGCCAUUUUUCUUUUGUAUCUGUAUUGUUGUUUUCUAGACAUGUUUAUGAAAAAUUUUCUGGUUUGGUGAAAGUAUGAAUUCUGAAAGUACGCUCCUAGCCAUGCCAUUAGUCAGCUCCAAUGCUGUAGUAAUAGAAACCUAAAUCUUGAGGCAAAACCUAUUUUUUAAUCAAAUUAUACACAAAUUGAUCAUUGUCCAAAAGAAAAAUUACUUUUGAAAGUAUGUUAAUGGCUAUGCAAAUUUUGUGAUUUUAUUGCAUUGUCUAGAUGUAUAGAAAUGUUAUAUCAAAUGGAACUGAAUAUGCAAUAUUUUGAGAAUGAGAAUACCAGGGUUGUAUCAGACUGGAAGUCAGAAGGAGUGCUGUGUGUUUCAAAUUUGGCUGAUUCUUGCUGGACACAAGAAAUUUUAGUUUUGUGUAUACGUAUACAUUGUGUAGAUAGAUUCCUUUGACGUAGGUAUAGGAUUGACUGUGAAAAAUGUGGUAUGUAAAAUAUACGAGGUCUCCCAAACUUUUGGAUUGCGCGGUAAAGUAUCCAUGGUGCUGAGGUAUCAAGUUUCAAAAGGUUGGGGUGACCCUGUACAGUUCAUAGAGACUUUAUCGAAUUUUAUGCCAUAUCAUUUUAACAUAUGAUUUAGACGCCCUGAACAUUUCAGCAUGUCGUCAACGAUCAUUGUGCCAGAAGUAAAAAUGCAACAGCAGAAUA